CUUAGUGGCUUUCGAAAUAAAAGUAAUAGGCGUGCUCGCUAUUCAGAACAAAACAUAAACGAGCGCUCGAAGUGUGAACGUCGUGUCGGUUGCUCUCCGGAAAAAACAAAAUAUAAAUUAAAAGCUAGUUUUACCCAUCAAUGUGCGCCUAACUCAAAGUCAAAAUUAAAUAGAAAUUUAAAGCGGAAAAUUCAAUAAAUCAACAAUGAGUGACAAACAAGUGAACGGCUGCAGUUCUGCCAAGAGCUCCAGCAGUCACUGCAACGGCAACACCACACAAAAGCCGGAGGAAGCCCCAAUCAACGGAAAAGACGUCCGCGUCUGGUGCGACGGAUGUUAUGAUAUGGUCCAUUUUGGCCAUGCCAAUUCUCUGCGACAAGCCAAAGCACUUGGCGAUAAGGUAAUUGUGGGCAUUCACACCGACGCUGAGAUAACCAAACACAAGGGGCCUCCUGUCUUCACCGAGGAGGAGCGCGUCAAGAUGGUUAAGGGCAUCAAGUGGGUCGAUGAGGUGGUUCUCGGUGCCCCCUAUGUGACCACCCUGGAGGUUCUCGAUCAGAACAACUGUGAUUUCUGUGUGCAUGGUGAUGAUAUUACAAUGACCGCUGAGGGUGUCGAUACAUAUCAUCUGGUCAAGUCGGCCAAUCGCUACAAGGAGGUACGACGCACAGCUGGCGUCUCAACAACCGACUUGGUGGGUCGCAUGUUGCUGCUGACCCGCAACCACUUCCGCCAGGGAUCCGCCGAAUACGACAUCGAGAAAGAAGCGAAAAUGUUAAAACUACUACAAAUAAAAUCCCAUCCAGGUUCUUCGAAUAUGGGUCAAGAUUCAGCUGCCAAGAGCCCCUGGACCGGCUGCAGUCAAUUCUUGCCCACCACACAAAAGAUAAUACAGUUCAGCGAUGGCAAGUCACCAAAUGCCGGAGAUAAGAUUGUGUAUGUGGCUGGAGCCUUUGAUCUGUUCCAUGUCGGUCAUUUGGACUUCCUCGAGAAGGCUAGCAAGCUGGGCGAUUAUCUGAUUGUUGGGCUUCACACAGAUCCCGUGGUCAAUUCGUACAAGGGAAGCAACUAUCCCAUUAUGAAUCUGCACGAGCGCGUGCUGAGCGUAUUGGCAUGCAAGUUUGUCAAUGAGGUGGUGAUUGGAGCGCCGUACUGCGUAACCGAAGAGCUGCUUGAACACUUCAAGAUCGACGUGGUCUGCCAUGGACGCACUCCCAUUGCGAUGGAGGAUGGCAAAAUUGAUCCGUAUGCCGUGCCAAAGACGAAAGCCAUUUUCGAGCUGAUCGACUCUGGCAAUGAGAUGACAACUGAGCGCAUUGUGGAGCGCAUCAUCUCGCAUCGUCUGGAGUACGAACGCCGCAACCAGGCAAAGGAGAAGAAGGAAAUCGAGGCAUUUGAGGCGCUGCAGCGGCAGAAGCAGACCCAGAAGGCGGGCUAGCAGUAGUAGUACGUGGAGUAGCAGUCCCCCGCCCUCCUUCCGAUUUCACACACUCGACGGAUGUUUUAUUUUAUAUUAUUUUAGUUUCGUUUUUUAGUUUUUCGUUUUGUUUAGUGUUUCUAAGUUUUUAGUUGGGCUUUGUUUGUCCCUUGUUUCGUUAUAUGUUAUGUUCAAGGCGUUCAAGGCUUGGCGGCACUCAAGCAACACUGCAAACCCCACUCGCCAGCGGAUCGGCUUGUGCGAGCACAUCUCGUUUUCUAGUACAAUUUUUUAAUAGCUGAGGGCUCGCAGUCGUGUAGGCAGGAGGCUCUCUGCAAGCCUCAAUGAUAUACAGUUAUAUAGAUCGAUAUAUAUAUACAUAAACACUACGAUAAUAGCAUAUUUAUAAUCUAAAUUGUAUGUAAGCUCAAAAUUGUAAAUUCUAUAUACUCUGUAAUAAGUGUUCGAAAAGCAAGAGUCACGAGCGUAAAGCAAAACUCUCAAAAUUGUACGAAAUAUAUGUGUAUGUUUAGGCCAAAAUCAAAGAACUUGUCUUAUCGGCUAUCUAUAGUAUCCCUUUACCAGCCUAGCUUGUGCUUGAAAUUGUAAAUACAAAUGUGAACUUUAGCCGCAAUAGGAAGGAAGUCUCUAAUCUCUAAUAUUUUUUCUUCAAACACACAUAUAUCCAUCCUAGUGCAAGUUCUUGUCCGUUAAUUUCCUACUCCUAAUGUUUUAUGUUCAAUGUCUAGCUCUAGUUUAAAAUAUAUUUAUGUACAUGGCCAAAAAGUAAUCCAAAAAAA